AUGAGCCUUAAUUGCCUAUCAUGCCAGGUCCGGCAAAGAACAAGCUCCUCCGGCGACAGGGAUCAUGCGAGCAAGGAGAAAGCUUAUCGGAAACUCUGUUGCGUAAACAUCAAUAUCGACAGAAGCUGGUCCGGGAACUUAACUUCGCCACCUUACGAGCAGAUUGAAAACUCAUCUAUCUUCGUGCUGGAGAAGAAGGGGAAGAAGGGGCCCGGUCAUCGCCGGCUUAUGACUACAGGCGGAGUUGCAUAUGAAGGGAGCACUGAACCACGCCUGGUCAGGAGCUCCGGAAUGAGAAGGGAUUGGAGCUUUGAGAAUUUGUCGCUCCUCAGAAAUGAGAAGAAAGGGAGAAACUCAUAA